CAGAAACACAAAAGAAAACCUUUUUUUUUCUCUUUCUCUUCUUUUUGUCAUAGUAUGUUCAAAACAACUUCAUAUGAACCUAGUUUACCAGACACAAUACAUUUGAGACGAGAAACAGUUCCUGUUAAACACCUUGAUACAACUACACUUGUUAAUAACACAAGUGCUUUUACUUUUGAGCCUUUUCCUCUCGAAACUACUUCUACACGCGUAUCGAGCACUAUCAUGGCAGGUACAUGUAUGUUUCUUAUGACGCAAUUUUUUAUAGUAUAAAACAUGGAGCUACUUUUUUUUUUUUAUUUCUGCCUCCCUUUAUUUUUCUUUUUUCUUCUUCUUUUUCUUAUUCUUAAAUACAUACAUUAUAGGCUCAGAAACAGCUAUUCAAGAUAAUGCCAUGUCGAAAGCACACCAGGCAAUUACAAUUCAGAAUAGAGUGCCAGUGAAAGCAAUAAGAAUAGAGCGUGAUUAUUCCUUGGGUGAUGGUAUCACUCGUUUUAGUACCGAAUAUCCUGUAGAAUUGACUGGCAAAAUCAGUCCUGAACAAUUUGCACAUACAAUCACAGAAAUCAAUCGAAUAAUGGACUAUGCAGAUAGAUUGACAUGGCUUAUUGUGUUAGAGAAUAUUGUUGAGACACUUACUAUCUAUUUAUGGCCUAUCUUUUUCUCUACACAUUAUCAGAGGGUAGUCAAACGAUUGCUGGCAUUCAUUGAAUCAGAAAAUUCAAAUGUAUAUUAUUCACAAGCAUUGUCUAUAUCCAACCCAGUUAAAUCAGCCUUUCUUUUCAUUGAAAUCAACUUUUACGAGUAAAUUCGUUAUUAUACCCUUCUUUUUCAUUCAAAUAAAC